UACCAGUACCUGCUAGAUUCGAAAUCUACAUCCCACGCUCUUGUCCAUUUGAGAGACAUCUUGCCCAAACUCAGUUGCCUAUUUGCAUUGUCAAGACUCUGCCAUUCUUCACAACACCUGCUUCCGACUGCCAAAUACCAACACACCAUGGAACCCGACAAAGCAGACGCCAAUGGAGUGGAAUCCAGCGGCAAGAAAGUCUUCUUUUUCGAUAUUGACAAUUGCCUCUACCCAAAGAGUGCUAAAGUCCACGAUCUCAUGGCGGAUCUGAUCGACAAAUACUUCGCGGCGCACCUGUCACUUCCCUGGGAGGAUGCUGUCCGGCUUCACAAGGAGUACUUCCAGAACUAUGGGCUGGCUAUCGAGGGCCUGGUUCGGCACCACCAGAUCGACCCUCUCGAGUACAAUGCCAAGGUCGACGACGCCCUGCCGCUCGACGAUGUCAUCAAGCCCCGUCCCGAGCUCAAACGGCUCCUCGGCGACAUCGACAGGAGCAAGGUAAAGCUGUGGCUCUUCACAAAUGCCUACGUCAACCACGGGCGGCGUGUUGUGCGUCUCUUGGAGGUCGAGGACUUUUUUGACGGCAUAACCUUUUGCAACUACGCCUCGGUGCCAUUUGUAUGCAAGCCGCAUCCAGACAUGUACCGCAAAGCCAUGGUGGAGGCAGGCGUCGAAAACGUUGAAGACUGCUACUUCGUCGAUGAUUCCUACAACAACUGCAAACAAGCACAGGAGCUUGGAUGGACGACGACACACCUUGUUGAGGAAGGAGUCAAGGUACCGAGGACUCAAGCAUCCAAGUAUCAGAUACGGCGCUUGGAUGAGCUGAGGACAGUAUUUCCCGAGCUCUUCAAGUCAGGAAUCAGCUGAGAGGUUUAGUGCCACCUGAUGAAUGCCGUGAUAGACAUAUAAUACCUAAAAACGAGACAGACCCUUGCAUUAAUGUUAAUUGACAAAUGAAAUAAAUAAAAAAUCUGAA